AUGGAGGAGGCUGGGAGCGACGAUCGCAUCAGCGGCCUCUCCGACGACCUCCUGCGCGACGUCCUCCUCCGCCUCCGCUCGCUCCCCGCCGCCGCGCGCACCGGCAUCCUCUCCCGCCGCUGGCGCCACGUCUGGACCAGCAUCCCCGAGCUCGUCAUCGACGAGCUCCACGUGCCGGGCCGGCCGCCGAGCUCCUUCCUGCGCGCCGUGGAAGGCGCCCUCGCCGCCUACUCCGCCUCCAACGUCGACGUCGCCGCGCUCACCAUCGCCGUGCCCGACGUCAGGCUCUGCCGAAUCGAAGCUCGCCGCGUCUCCUCGUGGCUGCGCGUCGCCUCGGAGCGCGUCGCCGGCACGCUGUCCCUCGCCCUGCCCCGCUCCGAGCCCACCACCCACGGACAGGAAAUCGAGCUGCCCCCUUGCGGGAGGGCGACGGAGAUCGCGCUCUCCCUCGCGGGGGAGUUCGUGCUCCGGCUCCGGCCGGCGGCCUCGUUCGCUGCGCUCACCGUCCUGACGAUACAGUCGGCAGCCAUGGACGGGCGGGAGCUCGGGGCGUUCGUGUCGUCCAUGUGCCCGCGCCUGACGGACCUCACCCUGCGCGUCAACCUCGUGGCCUGCUCGGACGUCUCCAUCCGCUCCGCUUCCCUCAGGCGCCUAGAAUUCGGGGCCGGGUGCGCCCAGCGGCUCGGGGUCGCCGCCCCCAUGCUCGAAGUGCUGGUCGCGUCUUUCCUCCACCACGCCCACAUCUCGGCCCCGAGGCUCGCCGAGGCCAAGGUCCAGCGCCUGCACCGGCACCACUUCGCCGACGACGUGCCUCGUCGUCUCCGGCGGCUGGACAUCACGCAGCUGUACCUACACGCGGCGGCGCCCCCGAGGGCGCGGCGGUUCGAUGCGGUCGACGAGCUGAGACUGUCUGCCCUCAUUGGAAUGGAGGGAUACACUAGCUUCUUGGAUGAUGUAAACAAUCUUCCCGUGUGUCAGACCGUAUUAUCGGUAUCGUUAACGGGGGAUCACCACGGCUUUGUUCCAACCAUGCUGCAUCUCCUCAGGAGAAGCAACGCUAUAAGGAGGCUUGUGCUGGAGACAUACACUCAGGCGAAAGACCCAUGCUCGACGGCUUGUCCAUGUCGCUUGCCGGAGAGUUACAGGGCCAACAAUAUGACCCUCGAUUCACUUGAAGAGAUAGAGAUCAAUACGUUCAUGGGAGCAGAUGACCAGGUGGAAUUUCUAGAGUUGCUAGUAUCCAGAUGCAGUGCAACAAGACCUAUAAAUGUGGUGCUCAACAAGUCGUACCUUGUUCCUUUACCAACCGAGAAAGUUUCCGAGAUGAUCCGCAGCAUUUCUCGUCCAAAUCUCAGAGUCGGAUUACAUUAA